AUGCCGAGUACCGCUGAACAACUGCAGAUUGUUACGGCACUGGAUGUGGAUUAUCUGCCAACCGCCGACUAUGCCGAUGCUAAAGAUAAGCUGGAUAUCUACAUGCCUUUGGGCGCAACGAACGCUCCCGUGGUCGUCUACUUUCACGGUGGAGGUCUCAUGUACGGUGACAAAAUCCUGGCGCAGGUGGUGGCCAAACGGCUGUUGGCCAGAGGCAUUGGCCUGGUGUCUGCCAACUACCGACUGUCGCCCGGGGUGAUGCAUCCAGCACAUGUCCAGGAUGCGGCAGCUGCCACCGCCUGGGUGUACAAAAACAUUGCCGCAUACGGCGGCAACCCACGAAAUCUAUACGUUAGUGGACAUUCCGCCGGUGCCUAUCUGGCCACUCUGCUGGCCCUGGAUCCACAACAUCUGCAGCAGCAUGACUUGGCACUGUCCGAUAUCAGCGGUGCCAUCCUGGUCAGCCCGUUUCUCUAUGUAGAGGAGACUGCAAAAGAUCGGUCGAAGUCAGUUUGGGGCGAAGUGCCUCUGGAUUGGUUGGCAGCCUCGGUUACACCGCAUAUUGCACCAGGCAAACCACCGAUGCUGCUUAUCUAUGCCGACGGCGACGACCCAUGGCGCCGCACCCAGAACGAAAAGCUGGCAAAAGAACUCACCAUGAGCGGUAACAGAGCUGUCAGAGCAAUUGAGGUACCUGACCGAGACCAUACAUCUCUGAUUUCGGAGAUCAACGCAGCUGACGAUCAGAUCGGCGAGCUUGUGGCGACGUUCGUUACCGAACAUACGCCUUGA